AUGCUGGUCAGCGACAAGAAGCUAACCGGAGCCAGCAACGGCAGCCACGGCUUUGUCGUCGACGGCAUGCUGCGCAAGGUCGGCUCCCCGUCCUACCCGGCCUACCCGGAUAUUCGGCUGGCGAAGCGCACGGGCGAGAGCUCCCUCCUGGGGUGGGGCAUCGAGACGGUGGCGAGGAGUCUCAACAACGCCGUGGCCGACGCGGCCGUCGCGCGCGCCGCGGAGAAGCUCGGCCACGCCGAGCACGCGCAGAGGAUGUCCGAGCGAGCCAGGAGGGCGAGCAGGGCGCUGUUCAACGACAGCUCGAAGUUCUUCCAGCCGAGGGGGACUCGAGUGGAGAGUUCAUCGACGGCUUUGAGCCGCUGGCCUGGCGCCGCGGCUUCACCGAGGGGAGCGCCUACCACUACCGGUACUACAUGCCACACGACGUGGAGCUGCUGCAGGAGCUCUUCGGUGGGGAGUUGUGCAGCGCCAUCAGGGAGGACCUCGAGCACACGGGCCCGCCCGCUUUCUACAACGGUGGCUACGGCUACGACAUCCACGAGAUGCGCGAGCACGAGGCGGUGCAGAAGGAUUUCCGACUUCGGCAUGUACAACCACUGCAACCAGCCGUCGCACGAGGUGCUCUGGGUCGCGAAGAAGGCAGGGUGCGACGAGCUGGCAGACAAGUACUUGCGCCGCGUGAUGGACAAGCUGUACACCACGGAGGGCUGGUGCGGAGACGAGGACAACGGCGAGAUGGGCGCGUGGUACGUACUCCCCCGGCCGUCGGCCCUCGGCAUCUACUCGCUGGAGGGCGCCAAGGACGAGCUGGUCCUCGGGAGCCCCGCCGUGGCCUUCGCCUCCCUGCGCCUGCCGGGGGACCGCGGGCACCUCACGGUCGUGGCCAAGAACCAG